AUGGCCGCAGGCAGCCUCGGGGGCCUCGGAGGCGGCCCCGGGGGCCCUGGAGCGGAGGGUGCCAGGGAAGAGACCUGGGAGAUGUGGCGCCGGGUCGCCAACUUCCCCCCCACCCCCGAGAAGCCUAAUCAGCGUGACAGGCUCGAGGGGCCCGCCGCCCAGGCCCUCCCCCCGUGGCCCUGCCCCAGGCCGCGCACGCGCGGCUCCCGCCGCCGGGCUGCGCCUUGGUUGGCAGCUGGCCGCGCGGCCCCCGUCGCGGAGAUGGUGAAGGGCACGGCCAAGAUCCCGUCCAUGCGGUCGGGCGACUGGAUCUGCCCGCGCUGCAGGUCCAUGCAGUUCGCGCAGAACAUGCACUGCCACAAGUGUCACCACCACAAGCCCACGAUCGCCACCAUGGGGCAGGCGGCCCUCCAGUACUACCCGCUGGCGGACCAGCGGUCGAGGGGCAAAAACGAGAGGCACUGCCCCGAGUGCCACGGGAUCAUCCUGGGCCGGACGAAGGGGGGGAGCAAAAUCGGGGAGCGAGAACUCAUAUAG